AUGGUUCAUGUGUAUGGGUUUGUGAUUGUUUCGAUUACCGUACCAUUUUCCAUAGAUAUGACGGGAGUCCGUUCGCCAAAAAGGUCAGGAUACUUUUGGCGGAAGAUCCCAUAUUAUAUGGUUCCAGUGUCUAGAAUUCCACCUCGCCCAGAGCUUCAAUUGAUAGGGAUCGACUAUCGCAAGAUCCCGGUCUUGGCCAUCAAUGAUACUGUCUAUUGCGAUACAUUUAUGAUUGCUCAAGCCCUGGAAGAGUGUCAUCCAGUUUCGCAAUCGCAUCCCAGUUUAUACCCUAAAAACUUGUCGACCGGAAGGGCAGAAAAUGCAGGUCUUCAAAAACUUUUAGUUCAGUUUUGGACCGAUCGUUCUAUGUUUUCUGUCGCGGCUGGAUUGCUCCCUUGGAAAUUAUUUCCCAAAGAGUUCAUCAAAGAUCGUUCAAGUUUUCGGGCGACAGAGAUUGAUCCAAACAAGAUGGAGCAGCUAAAACCAUUCACCCUCUCGCAAUUCCAGCUUCACCUUGAGUUACUGGAACAACAAUUAAAUGGGAACGAGACUGAAUAUCUCCUGAACACCGCUCAUCCUGGUUACAUUGACGUUUCGGCAUUUUUCCUCCUUCACUGGCUUGGCGAAGUAGGCAUGAAGGAAAAAAUCUUUGGUGAAAACGAAUUCCCGAGUGUGCAGAAGUGGAUGAUGCGCGUAGAGAAAUACCACGAGAGCCAACAACGAAGUUCACCAUGCACGAAGAUCACCGGUCAAAGAGCAAAUGAACUGAUUGGCACUCCUCCGCUUCAGUCUCUAUCUUCAUCCUCAGACGCUCGAUUAUUUGGUCUUGGGACAGACGUGGCGGUUGUCCCAGAAGACUCGGGUAAGAUUCCAACCUAUGGUAAACUCGUAGGAAUCGAUCGACAACGCAUCCUGCUGGAUGUUCAAAGGCGUGACGGUUCCGGAAGAAGCUGUCGGGUUUGCUUUCCCCGGCUUGGGUUUUUGAUCUUGCCGCAUGAUUCAAAAAGAACUGUUGGGUUUGGCAAGCUGUGA